AUGGAAUCUUUACAAGUAGAUUCAUUAUUCUCUAAAUAUGUAGUACAACGUAUGAAAGAUAUGUUGAAUGAAAAAGAUUUGAAUAAAAUGAUUGAGAAUCAAGAUCAAAUAUAUCAGUCCUUAGAAUCUUCAACAUCAUCAGUAAUAUCAUUCAAUGAAUUUAGUGCAUCAAAGUAUAAUGAACUUGCCAAAAAAUUUGAAUCUCACUCUAAAUGUAUUAAAGAAAUGAAAGAAUAA